AGAAAUAGGGGAAGAAGGAGGAGAAUGAAGCGGUGGAGGAGGAGAAAGAGGAGGAGGAGGUGAACAACUUACCCUGCUGAGCUUUCUUUGGGGAAUACGUGCAUCAAGAUUUAGAUCUGCAUGGAAAAUCUAGACAAAGUCUCUGCCGCUACAGGUCUGACUUUCCUCUCCCCUCCACCACCACUGUUUUUUUCCCCUUCUUCUUUUUUCUUUUUUUCCUUUCCGUUUUUCUCUGCUGUGUCAGAAAGACUGAGACAGAACUAUCUCUGUUUCUGGGUCCAGCGCCAGUGAAGGAGUUUUCAUUCAGACUUUCCGAAUAGAGGUGGAGAAGCCUAAAGACUCAAGAGAAGAAGAGGUCCUUUGAACCAGAUGGGGCAGUGGUUCUUCUGCUUUUCUCAACAUGGAUAAACCCUUUCCUCAAGGAUUUUCUGAUGUACCCUAAUGUCUACAUAGCUACAAGGGCUCUUUACCACCGUAAGUGCCACCCUGACCCCAAACCACUCCAAACUCCAGAAUCAAGGCAAAAUGGAUGCUGCAAUGACAGACGAUUUCCAACAAAUCCUGCCUAUUGAACAGCUGCGCUCUACUCAUGCUAGCAAUGAUUAUGUGGACCGGCCUCCAGCCCCCUGUAAACAGGCCCUCUCCAGCCCUUCCCUUCUUGUGCAAACCCACAAAUCUGAUUGGUCCCUGGCUACUAUGCCUCCUGCUCUUCCCCGUAGUCUCAGCCAGUGCCAUCAAUUGCAGCCCUUGCCUCAGCAUCUGAGCCAAUCUAGCAUUGCCAGCUCAAUGUCCCAUAGCACCACUGCCUCUGAUCAAAGGCUCUUGGCCAGCAUGACACCCUCACCUUCAGGCCAGUCCAUCAUCCGAACCCAGCCUGGGACAGGGGCUCACCCAAAGGCUGCCGGUGCUCUGAAGGUAGAAGCUGAGCAGUCUGCAGCGCAGCACAGUGAGCACCUCUUCAUCUGCGAGGAGUGUGGGCGCUGCAAGUGUGCCCUGUGCACAGCGGCUCGCGCUCUCCCAUCCUGUUGGCUGUGCAACCAGCGUUGCCUUUGCUCUGCCGAGAGCCUCCUCGAUUAUGGCACUUGCCUCUGUUGUGUGAAGGGCCUCUUCUACCAUUGCUCCACCGAUGAUGAAGACAACUGCGCUGAUGAGCCCUGCUCCUGUGGGCCUAGCUCUUGCUUCGUCCGCUGGGCAGCCAUGAGCCUCAUCUCCCUCUUCCUACCCUGCCUGUGCUGCUACCUGCCUACCCGUGGAUGCCUCCAUCUGUGCCAGCAGGGCUAUGAUAGCCUCAGGCGACCAGGCUGCCGCUGUAAAAGGCACACCAACACUGUGUGCAGAAAGAUCUCUUCUGGUAGUGCACCCUUCCCCAAGGCCCAGGAGAAGUCUGUAUGACCUCCCCACAAAAUGGAUCCAGAGCUUUCUCUUUCUAACCCCUAUCAGAAAAGCAUAGGCCUCAUUUUGAAGAGGGGGAGAAGGAGUAAAGUAGCCAAAGUUAGGGCUUUACCAAUUUUGUUCCUGCAGUUUCAGAGGAAGGACCAAGUAUAUCCUGGCGUAGGAUGCCUUGUUCUUUCUCAUAGUAUCUACCCUAGUCCCCAUCAACCUUUUCACAUCCUGCCAGUUCGGCCCUUAUGGCUGUCAUGGCAAAUUCAGGUGAUAUAUAGGCAUGAGUUUGGACACUGAGGACUGACAGAGCCAGCAACGUGGAGGUGAAUGGGCUCCCCAGUGAAAUGCCUCUCGAUGCAGGCUCUGAGCGUCACUCUGCUUUCCACAGUGCCUUUGAAAGCUUUCUUCUACGAUGGUUUUCACAGGGACACGUGGAACAGCGUUCAAUCUUCCAGGGAAUCUGACCCCUUCUCCUUGUUUACUCCCAUUCUCCUCUGCAGGCUUCUCUUUCCGCCACUUCGUUCAUCAUUCCGUUUUGUUUUCCUCCUCCCUCAAUCUCAGCUUUUCUACCUUUGCUUCUCCUCUAUUGUCUUUCUGUUCCUUUCUGCUCUCUCUCCCUCAGACAACUUGGUUUUCUGCUUGCAGAAAAACUUAUCUCUGGUUUUAUAUCUCUUUGUCUGCCCCUCUUUACCUGCUCCUCUUUCUCUAACAUGUCCAAAAGUGCUGUUUUUCCAUAGGUGUUUCCUUUGACACCAAACUUUGCUAUGCUGUACUACUUACCAAUUUUCAUUAAGGGAAAUGGAUUACUGUAAUGAACUCAUCACUAGCAAUAGUCUGUACCCUGAUGUGUUUGUGUGCUCACAACCACACUGACCUGCUUGUGAGUAUCUGAGGCAAAGUUAUCUUACAUUUCCCGGUUUCAUUAGUUGGAGUUUGACUCCCUCUCCCAAUAAUCGACUUAUAGUACUGACAGAUUCCACUAGCAUGCUGAGUAGGAUAGGAAAUCAGGAUGCUCAUAACUUUGUAUGUCUGACCCAAGUGCCAAAGGCAGACGUGCUUUAUAGCUAAAUGAACAAAGCAAAGGAUAUUACAGAGGUCAGUUCUCUCUUAGAAGCUAACUGCCCUGAGACUGCAUGGCUCAGGCCUUAAUAUUGGACAUAAAAAGUCAUAAUACUUUAGAGCUGGAAGGAAUCUUAACUGUCAAUCUAGUUCAAUGCCCUGAUUUUACAGAUGGAAGAACUGAGGCCUGGAGAUAGGAAGGGAUUUGCCCAAGGCUACACACCGAGUUAAUAGAGUUGGGGUUGGAAUACAGGCCUUUCUGACUCCUAAUUUAAUAUUCUUUAACCUGCAACAUUAUGUUAUAGGGCUUUUCUCCUAGGACUCUAUUAGCAGUGAUGGAAAUCCAUUCCCAUUCACUUACUUUUCAGGAACCAUGCCAAGUGAGUGUGGUGGAGGAAGGGUAAUGUAACUAUCAGGUGUUAAUGCUACCGCUCCCCCCCUCCCAGUGGAUAUCACCUUUGGCUCUGUCACCUUGUUGAAGCUUAAUCAUGGCAAAGAAAAGCUUAAGGAAGCCCUAACCAAGCUGUAUUUUCGCAACUGUACCUGCUCUUUGCUGCACACACUGUGCUUGCUUCUGGCUUUGUCUGCAGUGGCAGUUGCCUGAGAACCUAAAUUUCAACAACAGUGGAAACUGAGAUGAAGGAUGCAUAAUGCAGAUAACUGACUUCUCUUUCUAAAAUACCAAGAGCCUGUGCUGUGAAUCCCGGUCAGUGGGAAAAGGCUGCAGUGGUGAUGGCAGGCUCCUAAAGACUGCUGCUAAAAGAAAAAUUGGGUAUUGUUUCCUUCUGUGAGUGGUGAAUCAGAAAUUCACUUAAGGGAUUCAGAGGUUAAGGGCACUUGCUUGAAAUCAAGGUGCUCCAACUUAGUUUAAGACUUCCAGACUCUAACUUUAUAUAUCAUCUCUUCAAGUGUGCAUGGAUGUUUAUUACAAGGUGGAGAGGUGGGGAGAAAUGUGGAGUCAUACACAGGGGAAGAAGAAAGGCACAUCUGCAUCCCUUUGUUGCAUAGAUAACUAGAGAAAUGUGUGCCACUCAGCCUUUGUUGGUUCUGACUCUUCCUGAAGUGUACUGACAUGUGGGCUGCACAUAGCCCCACACCUUCACUUACACCUCCUCUUCUAGAAUUGCUUUGCUCUAUUUUUGUAUAUAUAAAUAUGUUAUGGUUAUUAUUAAUAUUGUUAAUGAUAUUGCUGCAAAUGGUGCCAUAUAUAAGGUUUGGCUUCUUGGAACAUUUAUAAACCCAAACCAAUACCUGUAACCUCUUAUGUUGCUUUCAGAUCCUUCCAUUUUAAGUGACAUUUAAAAAAAUCUUACAAUUCUGCUUGACUGAACUUUGAACUUAUCAACUCCUAAAAGCUGUGCCCAGUUCUCUGGGUCAAGCUGGAUGGUGAUGAGUAGCAACACAUACUCCUCCCUGCUUCUGCCUGCAAUUUGCUUAGAGCUGAGAUAUAUAAAGAUUCUGUGACACUAGUGCAUUGUUCCUGGAGCUAAAGUUAUUCUAGGAUGUCUGCUUAUUAGUUUCAGGGCCCAGAUUAAAACAAGGCCCACUUCUUUGAUAGCUCCUUGAUAUCCCAAUCCUGCAGUCCUUACUCAGGCAAAUUGUACACUGCCAGAGGGGUCCUGGGCUCUGCCAUACACCCAAAGGAGCCCUUCUCAGUGUAUUUCUAAAUGGCCUUACACUUGGUGAAAGAAACUGAAGGGUUACUCAAAUGCAGUUGCAAUUUGCAGUCUGCUGCUGAGUCAGGGCUUUCACCUGUGUCCAAGUUGGCCUGAUAUGGACUGCAUCUGGUUUACGUAUAGAUGGGUCCUGUUGGGAUAUGCACACAGAUGUGUGAGUGAGUGUGCAUAUGUAUCCCUUCUGUGAGAUAUGUAUGUAUAUAUACAUCUUCAUGUAUAUAUACAUAUAUGUAUGUAAAUAUAUAUUCACACAUCUCUAUAUAUUUUAAUGUAUUGCACAUGUAUAUUUAAAAUAUAUACGAAAGAACUCUAAAUCCUGCAGAGAGGCUCUGUUUUCAUUAUUUUUCUACUUUGUGUCAUGUACUGUACAAACAGGAAUAUUUAGAGGGAGCUUUCCGCUUAGAUUUUUUUGCAGUGAAGUCAUCCAUUCAUUACCCCCAAUUCUACUGCUUUCCACAUAUGGCCCAGCCAAGAGUUUUCUGUUGGGUCCUGCCCAUCUUCCCUCAUCACUGCUGUUACAAUGAAUAUAGUGAACACUCACAUAGCCUACUAUGUGCUGAAUAUUAUUUUAAGCACAUUAUCUGUUAGCACAUUCAGUUCUCAAAAUAACUCCACAAUGUAAUUCCCAUGUUAAAAAUGAGGAACCUGAAGCACGGAGAGGUUAAGUGAGUUUUCAAAGUUAAUACAUCAUGUGACGUGGAGCUAAGAUUUGGACCUCGACUGUUCGACUCUCAAGUCCGUAUCUGUAGCAUAGUGUAGACCUUUCUGGAGUAAGAAGACACAACUGCUUAACAGAUCUUUCCCGAACUCCAUUUUACUUGUAGCCUUAUUUGAAAUAAAUGUGCUUCUAGAUCAGGAGUGAAACAGUAGUUAUAGGCAGUGCAUAUUAGCUAUCUUGCUUUUCAAAAUGGUGGCAUCACAAACUGCUCCACUACUCUAUUACUGGAUGCAUUUCUCAGAGAGCUUAUGGUGCAGUGUUAGUAAGGAAAUAUUUUCACUGGUGCCAGAAGUGAUGUUUUUUUGCCUUCUCUUUAUGGAUCUGGGCAAACAAAUUCAAUUUCUUUCUAUAGAAAGUAGGACUAAAACUUUCUUGAAACUUGAAAUUAAUUGAAACUGCUUGCAUUCAAAUUUCUUUAUUAUAUUGAGUGCAUCUUUCUGAUUCAAAUGUAAGCAGUCCACUGAUGACCUCUAAUCAGUGUCUGAACUUUCCUUAUCACCCCUUUAAAUCUUUUAUGCUGGCAGCAUUUCACAGACAUAACGACCUUUAACAAAGACCUACUCCAACAUUGCUAUUUUACAGGUGAAGAUGAUGUAAAGGGGAAAAGACCUGUCCAGAGCCAAACUAUUUGGAGUUAGAGUAGAACCAUGACUUAAUGCCAGACUUUCUGACCUUUAGAGUCUCCGUUUGAGUUUCUUAGAGAACAGAGCUGGAAACAAACAUCAAUGUGCAAACUAAGUACGAGUGUGGAAAAGGGGCUAGGGUAGAGAAAGAAAGAGCGAACAGAAAGAAGUGAGCACAUCACUGGACUGACUACAAUGAGUUUCAUGGCAGGCUGAUUUCCCAACAGAUUAGGACAGAUCAUACUACAGAUCCAUACAGUCCAUGUCAUUGAGGAAGGGAAAAAAAAACUCAGCUCUUACUGCUUAUCUCUUUAGUCACGCUUUCCUCAUGGUGUAUGAAUUGCCACUGGACUUCCUGAUAGUGUACGUAUCAGUGCCCAGGCAUAGCUCUUGGCUUCUCAUACCUCAGCAACAUGAAGUUAACAGGUUUUAGGAGAAUAUAGGGAGAUAUGUGAACACCACCACCAGGGUGGUGCUUUUCCCUUACAUUUUUAAUCAUGUUAAUUCAAAAUGAGUAUCCUACCAUCUUAAAAGUGCAUAAGGUUUUAUCAUGAUGUUCAGAAAUGUAAUAAGCUCACCUUCCGAAACUGUGUCUCCCAGGCUUGUUUCAAAGGAUUCCUUUCUACAUGGAAAUGAAAUUGCUAAUUCAGCUAGAGGAGAAACAAAACUUCAGAAUAUCCUGCUUAGUAUAAAAAGAAACACCUUCUUACCAAAAUUUUCAAGUAUGUGUCUAAAACAAUUCAUGUACACAAAUGCACAUAUGUUAUUUCAGACUCCAAAACCAUAAUAGCAAGAAAACUGAUAAGCUUAACAUAUUUGGGGAAAACAGUCAAACAAUUUAUUUUGCAACAUGAAAAUAAAACACUGUUAUUGUAUUUUUGUUUCAGCCACUGAUUAUGAUGAUAUCACACAGAUAACAUUUUAAGAAUCAUAUUCUCUUUUACUCACUUAUAAAAUAGUUCCCUAUACCCCGUCUAUCGUUUUUAUAUGAACUCUAAGUAUUUUGCUGUUUAAAAAAAUCCCAUUACUACAGUUUCAUAUGUAUGGGCAGUACUAUAAAGGCUUUGAAUACAUACCACUGAUUAGUUUCUUGUCUUCUCAUAUAAGAAAAGAUGAACAUAAAAGAGUUAUUAAAAUUUAAUAAGAUGAAUUAUGAAA